AUGUAUUCUAGACCAUCAUCAAACUCAAGUUCAAGCUCAUCUUCUUCAAAUACUGAAGAAUAUGCUCAACUUGUUGAUGAACUCUUCACAUACCAAACCUCAUCUGUCCUCAUGCCCCAAACACAAUCCCAACACACUUCAAAAAAACCUAGAGGGGGUACGAAUAGAAGAGAUAGGGAAAUUGGACAUGCCAGGUUUUUUAAUGAUUACUUUUCCGAUAAUCCUGUGUACAACACCACCCAAUUUAGAAGAAGAUUUCGUAUGCAACGACCUUUGUUUGUACGUAUAAUGAACAAGGUCGUUGAAGGUGAUGUUUACUUCCAGCAGCGUAGGGAUGCAGCUGGAAGGUUAGGUUUAUCACCUCUGCAAAAAUGUACAGCGGCGAUAAGAAUGUAA